AUGAUCCAUUUCGUUUUUAUUAGACGAUUAAAUUGUUGCGAGAGUCGAGUCCCAGACGACGAUACUUCCGUACAGCCAAUUGAUGUCGUGGAUAUCGAUUGUGAUGCACCUGCCCCUGGCGAUAGGAAUCAUCCCACGCGAUCCCGUACAUCUUCCACAGGCUCCAAAUGUAGUACGACCGCGAUGAACCCGGAUAGAACGCUCGAAACGGAUCCUUCUGCCGGACCGGCUUUGCUCGAAUGGACCACCGAGUCGAUUCAGGGUGACUCGGAUUCCGCCUCUGUGAUAUCUUCCAUUUGUCCUUCGACGGCCGAAUCAUCUGUUUUUCAGGCACGUUAUCAAAAGCUUCAUCGGUUGGCGAGGGGCUUCAAAGAAAAAUAUCAGCAGGCUAUGGACAGGUUCAAAAAGUUGGAACAAGAACGUGACCAUCUUCGCGAACUGCUAGCAACCCAACAAACCCAGGCGUUCCGUCGGAUGGACGAACUUCGAGAAGAAUUGGCACUGGACAAGAAAGCCAAACAAGAUGUGGAUGUCAACUACAAUCUGAUGUUGACUGAAAAAGACGAAUUUAUUCAGGUCCUUCGGCUGCAGGUAUCUUUACUGAAAGAAGGGAAAAAUCUUCCUCCAGAAUUGGAGGCUAAAAUCAGUGCUGGUCACGCACGGGAGGUGCAACGACAGCGGUCGCUGGAACAGGAAAACGAAGACCUAAAAACCGAGGUGCAGACUCUCGCAACACAACUUCAGCUAACCACCACGCAACUGGAGGAGCAGACGGUGCAGCGUAGUCAGCUUGAAGAAGCGUUGAACGCCCACAAGGUGAAGUUGCAGCAGUUCCAAGCCCAAAUCGAAGAAUUCGGACCGCUAAAACGUGAGCUCACAGACAGCAAACUGGCUCAAUCUGCUUUGGAGGAACAGGUGAGAGGACUGAAAGCACAGCUCUCUUCUUUGAUGGUACCGACGCAGGUGGAGCCGUCACAGGCCUCUGCAGAUCAGAAGGAAUCGAAUGACGCCAUCAGACUGCUUGAACUACAGGUCACCGAUCUUUCCAAGACACUUGAGGAGACUCGUGCCCACCUGGUCUCUAGUGAAGCGGUUCAAACACAACUCAGGUCGGAGCUGGAUGACUACAAGAAACAGGAACCCAACCACCGGGAGUUGCGUGAGCAGUACGAACACACCGUUGUCCGAUUGACUGAAAUGGAACGGCUGCUUUCAGAAAAGACGGAUGAGUUCCUCAGUAGUACUCGUGCUUUAGAGGCAAUGAAUGUGAGAGAACAGGAUCUGGUGGUCAAACUGGAUGACACGAGAGCCCGUUUGGUGGAUAUGAAGUCACAACUGGAUGCCUCAACGUUAAAGCUUGCCGAAUUAGAAGAUAAGCAGACCAUUUGGAAGACUACUGAAGAAGAUUAUGAGACGUUAAAACAAGAACACUCAAUUCUGGUCGAUUUAAAUAGGCAACUUCAAUCCCAUCUCACUUCGAAACUCCAGGCAAGUGGGUUACUUUUGGACAAUGGUGAAACCAGUUCUUUGGAAGGCUUGGUCGAACAACUACUGGGGUUCGUAAGUACUGCGGCUCUUCGCUUAGAUAAAACUACUGAGGGGAAUGCCGAACAACUGCGAAUUCUGACGGAAAAACAUGCAGCCGAUGUGAGUUCACUCAGAGAUUCACUGACUGCGGAGCAUACCUUGAGGGACGAGUUGGAACAACGUGCGAAACAGCUGCAGACGAAAGUCGACGAAAGUGAAGACCAGUUAGCCGAUAUUCAACUUAAGCUAUCCGAAGCGAAGUCCAUUCUGAGUUUGAAAGAAGAGGAAAUUCAAAGUCUAACAGUGAAGUUGCAAGAGGCCAGCGAAUAUAACACAGAACUUCAAGCCCGUUGUAGCAAUGCUGAACGAGAAACCGGGGACUUAACUGCUCUGAGACAGGCCACCGAGGUAUUGUGCAAGGAGCGCGAUGAGCUGGUGGCAAAGUUGUCUACGGCUGAGUGUGAACGGCGAACGGAAUAUGCCACACUGAUGUCCCAAAUCGAAGAGCUCUCCUCAGCAUUGGCCGCUGAAAAUCGUCGUCUUCGGGUUUCCCAGGCUACCGUUGAGCAAUACGGUGGUGUGGCGACAGAAGUCACCAGUCUGCGGCAACAGCUAACGACAGCUCAUUCGUGUCUGCAGGCUUUACGGUCUGAUUUGGAGCUCUACGAGGCCGACUCAAUGAACGCCAUCUCUGGAAUUGUCUCUCAGUCGAUCGAUGAGGUUGAGGUAUCAUGUUUGGAACUGUUGGGGAAAUUUUUCGAAGAUAAAACCAAUACAAGCCAAAAGCUUCAGUCUCUUCAGGCCAGGCUACUCACGAUGGAAGAUGAGCUAGCACAUUGGAAACGAAAAUAUUCCUGUCUUGAGGAUUCUUUCAACUCGCAGGCGACCGUUAUCACCGAGUUUCGGUCAUCUAUCCACAACCAAUCAGAUGCGAAUGCGGCAUCAUCCAUGCAGCCGCUACAGACAUGCCUUGAUGAACUCACUUCCCCGUACCGGUCAAACAGUGCUUUGUUUUCAUCCAAAGAUGCACAAAUCUCCGAGCUGAAAGAGGAACUAUCUACUCUCCGUAGCACGACAUCCUUGCAAUUGCAAGAGGCGGUUGUUCAAAUGGAACAAGCGAAAACUCAGGUGCAGCAAGAGGUCAGAGACUGGGAUUUGAGGUCUAGUCAGGCUUUCGAACAGAUCCAUGCCCAACAUAAUCGUUUGUCCGCACUGGUCAAUCUUGUGAAUGCUUCCUCUGAACGCCUGGCGAACGCGGAACACCAGCUGGAAUUGUUGCGCCUAGGACAACACCAGUCGAUGAACACAUCGCUCCAGGAUGAGUUGAACCGGACAAGAGCUGACUUAACAGAGCUGGAGACGGAAAAGGGCCAACUAUCGGAUGAGCUUAAUCACAAGAAGCAACAGUUUGACGCAUUGCAAACUCAGUUCAACGAUACAGUCGAACAAAUAGACGGAAACGCCACUGCUCAUGCGACCGCGGUUCUCAGAUCUCGCCUUGAACGACUCAAGGCUUUGUCAUCGUCAAUUGAUCUGGUUUUGUCGGACAAUCUCUCGUUCGCCACGCGGGUCACUUCGGUAGAAAAAUGUUUCGAAGACCUUCUGGCCCGGCUGUCACUUACCAGUCAGCCUGUGUGGUUGUCAUGGGAUGCGGUGGCCUAUAAACCAAUUGAGCGGCAGUUGGAUGAAUUGGAACAGACUUUCGACCGGUAUGUUCUUCGUCUGGAUGAGCAGAAACACUUGGCUGAUGAAGAGGUUCAACGUCUAUCGCUCGGACUAUCCACAGCUCAAGAACAUCUUCAUCAGACGACCGGUUUGCUCAACAACGCCGAGAACAACACUUCAUUGUGUAUGGAUAGAAUUCAAAAGCUGCAGGACGAACUAUUGUCCGAACAGGAACAGAGAGAGGAACUUAGGAUCAAGCUCACCGAGGUCCAACUAUCUCUGGAAGCGGUAAGGAAAGACCGUGAAGAAGGCAUCGCCGCCAUCCAACAACAGCUUGACACCUCCAUUCAGGAUCUGGCAACCGCGAGAUCCACCCUGGUAGAAAGGGAGACUGAAUUGUCCAACUUAGCUGCCAGGACUGAGUCGCUGAACCGUCAACUGUUCGAUGUUGAACGGACUUACACGGAAAUGAUCAAACAAACAAUCGCCUCGCAGUCUCGUUGUCUUCGUACGCGAACGGACCGAGCUCGUGAAUGGUUAACACGUAAUAGGGAUAAGUUCGACUCGAAUGGACCUGACUACUCACUGACUACUCAGUUGGAAUCAGUCUAUCAGUUGGUAGUUGAAUCGGACACUCUUGACUUUACCGAACCGAGUCUGGUUUCCGCGUUUCUCGAACGAUUCGCCCAAGCUGACCAAUGGCUAGUUGACCUCUCCAGUAAGGCCAACCAAUUACAGUCCAUUCGUCUUGAGGAAUCGAUCGAGUUGGAAACGUUGCGUGCUUCGGAACGUCAACUCGCCGACAAGUGUGUGAUGCUUGAGCAACGGGGAUUGGAGUUGCAAACAGAGCUGGAAAAGCUCGCGCAAGCGCACUCCGAACUGGCCGAUUUGCAGAAGGCGGUCGCGGAGAAGAAUGAUGCUGUCUUGUUCAUGACAUCCGAGCUGGCGGAGUCCAGGAAGGAGCAAGAUGUCCUGACUUCCGAAUUGGCUUCAAAACAAACCGAGAUGGACCAGCUUACAACAGAGCUAUCCACAUGGAAGACUCAGUUCUCAAACCUCCAGCAACAGUUGGAUCAGACGACGGGACAGUGCGCCGAGCUUCAAGAGAAACUGAUCGAAACAAGAAAAAUUGCUGAAGAAGAGAAGCAUGCAGUUCAACAAUCUCUCGAAGUUUCAGCAUCCGUCAAAGAAGGUCAACUCAAGCAGCAGCUGAAGGAGCUCAAGACCCGUCUGAAACAAGUGUUACAGGAAUCCGAAACUCUGAGAAAGAGCAACGUGUCAUUCGUUAAUCGUGAGAAUGAAAUGAACUCCCUGCUCAAGGAAUUAGAGGCCCAGCUCGCUGUUGAGCGCCAUGAAUGUGAGAAUCUACGUAAUCGUAUCACGCAGUUGAUGGAUCAGCUGGAAGCCGUCCCUGUGGAACACGAAGUUACGGUCGAACCUCAAUCACUGGUCAUGUCUUCUGCAAAACCGACCGCACACAACAACCCUUUGGCCGACUUCCAAGAGGACUGGCAGCAUGCGACCGAAUUGCUGAAGGCCGAGCAUGCUGCACAUAUUCAGGAAAUGCAGUGCGACUUGAGUCAGCAGUUGCGUGCACGUGAGGAAGAGUUACGUGCCGAAUUUCAUAAAACGUUGGAUCUGGCCCGAACAACGGAAGCCCAGCUACGUCAGUCGCAUCAGUCCGAGAUGGAUGCGAUGCAUCUUCGUCUAAGCGAACUGGUCAACCAAAACCACUCCCUCCAGACCAACUUGGAUAAAUUACAAGCGGAAUUUGUGACCUUGGAGCAAGAAAGUAAAAUGCGCUCUUUGGAGAUUCCUGCACCGCAGCCUGCCGAGCAGAGUGAUGAAUUGGAACAUCUUCGAACCCAGGUUGCAGAGCUGCAAACCCAGCUGUCGCAGUUGGACCAAUCGACUGUGCACGAUCCCUCCUACCAAAGAACCGGUUCCCCGUCUCAGACCUCGAGAACCAAUGGUCUCCAAUCGAUUUCCACCCGUGGAACCGAACCCUGGUCCUCGUCCGCUGAGUACGAUCCGUUGGACCCCGUACAGCUGGCCAAACCAUCUGAUUGGGUCGAGCAGCUGCGUAGUGAGAUCAUGCGAGCGGAUUCGAUUGAUUCGGUACAUCCCGCUGUUCGCACGGGUCAUUUUGUCCACACGGUUUCGGCGCAGGACUAUGAGGCACUGCAACUACACAACGCGGACCUUCAAAAUCAACUGCAUCAGUUGGCUGCCGACUUUGAAGCUCUCCGUGCUCGGUGUUCCUCAUGCAACGGUUCCUUGGAACACGGCUCACUGACCAUCCCUCCCUACAGUCCUGUCCUUAGUCCUUCAGUGGGAGGCAUACACGAACUGGUUGAAUAUGAGUAUUUGAGAAACGUGCUAUUCGAAUACAUGACUGGUCGUGAAACAGCGACUCUUGCCAAAGUGUUGUGUUCCAUUUUGCGUUUCAACGCGGAACAAACCAAGCGAGUGCUACAGUACGAAGAUGACAAAUCACGCAGCUGGUUCAUUCAAACCAAGAUCGAAUAACGCUGUUGGUAUACAACUGGAUGAAACUUCUCACUGCCACACCGUUCUAAAACCUGGUGACUUUCACUCACUCCCACCCCGUGACCUAUAGGAAUCACUCACGUUGGUUUGUUUCCCUGCCCCCCCUCGUUAUCUGAUCUUCCCAAAUCGUUAAUGGCUGUGUGUCAUCACUGCAAAUCCUGGGACAUGAGUGUUCUAAUUUUUUUCUCUCACGCUGUCCAAACGUUUGUUUGUCUGUUUCGUAGUCCCCAUUGUAACUACUUAAUUAUUUGAUGGGAUGCCUUCCUUAUUGGUUAUUUUUUACCAGUUCGUGGAUUCUUAAUCGUCCUCCUGUCUUCUUGCCUGUCUGUCUUCAUCCAUUAUAUGAUUUGACAGAGUGUACAUUCUUGUGAUCGGACCUAACUUGCGCUUUUGCACUUGCC